GAAAGGCGAAGAAAAGUAAGGAUUCUACAACAUGUGGAAGGGCUUCUUCCUCUUAUGUGUCGGGGUGAUUGUACUGGUAAUUGCAGCAGUGGAUGCCAAGCCUAAGAAAGAAAGGAGCAUGAAAUGCAACAAGCAAAUCGGGAGAUUGAAGAUUGAGAAAACGAGUGGGAUCUUUCCUGAUGCUCAGCUUGGAGUCAAGCCACUGGCUUCCUAUCAAACAUCCAACAUCAAAAAGUGCCUUGUCGGAUGUCUCUUUCACAAGAGCCAUAAGUGCAGGGCAAUUGCCCUGACCCGGGUAGGUACCAGCAUGGCAUGUUUACUCUAUGCCGAGUCGUACAAAGAGCAUCCGGAAAGAUUUCUGAAACAAGCGGGCACAAUGUACACGGAGAUUCUAUGUGAUUACCAGGAGUUGUUGACCGUAGUUAAGCUGAACGAAACUACAGCACAUCGUGGAAUAGUUUACGACAGCUUCAAGCCCGACCUCCUCAAGAAGCUGCAAAGCAAAGUAAGGAAGGCCUUUCCUGGCAUAGAAAGCAAGGACGACUGUUUGGUCAAAGGACUGGGUGAAAUUAAGAUGCAUGAAAAUGUGCAGUGGCGAGUCUAUAAGGACAAGAAGACAAAACAGAAAGUAUUCGUAUGUCAAAUACUAAGCCUGUCGCAGUAAGGUUGUUAGUUUUUUUGUCAUAGAUUUUUUAGAUUAUUGAGAUGUACAUUGAUCAUUUCUUCCGUUAACUGUUUAUUAUUGAGACGUAAAUGUGUAUAGUAUACCCGUACCCCGGGUAUAUCUGAAUUUAUUUCUGUGAAUAACGAGCAAUGUUAGGUCUCAAUACGUAUGAUGAACCUCGUAUCUGCGUAAUAUAUACUUACAUCUCAGUAAUGACCUGUUCACGUCAAAAAUGAGCAGUCAACAUCUCAGUCAAUAAUCAACAAAUUACAUGUAUGUCAACAUUGACCAAAGUUAUUAUAUAUUGUCAGUAAUUAGCCGGUUGUGCUUAUAAACAUACAAUAGCGUUCAAAUCGAAAAUUUACAUGUCACUGUUACAUAUUAGGUCGUAUCUGAACAAUUACAAUUAUAAUCAUAUGAUCUGAUCACUAAUAUUAAGUCUUCUGUAUCCGACGAACUAUAAUGGUUUGUUAACUUCUAAGUCAGUGCAAAUGUUAUGAUGGUCGAGACUAUUCGCCUUUAAGUUUAUAAAAUUACGAAAAAACGUAUUAAUAAUUUUAGGUUCUCCCGAGAAAUAUAUUAUUGUGAACAUGUUUGUGAUGUUGAUAAAUGCGCGAACAGUUCGUAGGCCAAGAAUGAAUUACGGCAGGUUAAAUUAAUAGUACUAUAUUCGUAAUUAAUUAAUGAUCGACGUGCCUUUCUCAUUGAAAUACACGUAGUCAUAAUGACCGUGAUUUUUUUAUCUUUAUACACAACAGCCCUAAUUAUUCAAUACUGAUGCCGUAUCUAUAUACACAUAUGUGCCAUAAUAUUCACGACACUUGUAAACUAUCUUUUAAAGGAACUCUAUGGGCAUCAGCUAGGCCAGAUAAAGUUACAUAAAGUUGCUAAUAGGGGGUCUUUCCCAUCUGAAAGUACGUCAAAACUAUUCGACUUGUAUGUGGAAUAUAUUUAGUGGCGAAUCAAACUUGACCUAGUGACCUUACUUUGCAUAGUCGUCAACCAAAGAUGGUCAAUUUGACCCCUCUACUCCUGCCUGCAGUCCAACUUUAAAAUCUAGGUAUACAUGUAAGCCAGAUAUUAUACAUUACAAAAGCGAUAUAGCCCUAGAAUAUAUACAUUUUUGAGGAAUCCAAGACACGAAGCUAUAAACGUAAUCACAGAUGCAAGCAUAGCUUUACAGACAUUUAUACAAAAUAUAAUCCGGGAAGUAAUAAGCGCCUCUUGUUAAUACCAGAAGUUUCCGUUAUAAUUUUUGGCAUUUCUUGUUCAAUCACUGUGAUAUUGUUCGGAAGUGUGCUGAGGAUAAGAAUGAAUUGUUCUGUAUUAAUAGCCCAGUCAAAUUAUACUAAAUUAAGGCUGGACCACAAAAGCCCACUCGAUUAGUUAGUAAUUUUUUCUCCAUCAAAAUAUCUAUUACGAUUAUGUUACCGAUAUUUAUCUAAAGUGCUAUGUGGUAAACAUUAUAUACACGCUGAUACUUUUUACGUUUUAAUGAAAUAUAUAAAAUAAUUUCAAAGUAGUGAAUCAAAUAACGCUUCAAGUCCAUUUACAUUUAAGGUAGAAGUUGUUGGUAUAGUUUAAUAAGGUUUAACUUAUGCCUUACGUGCAGCGCAUGCAAUGGAGUGUUCGCAUAACCCCAAAACGUCAACGUGAACGCCCAUCCAGUUGUUCUAUCUCCAUAUCACGAUGUCGAAGAAUGCUAUAGGCGUUCGCGAUGGAGUUGGGGAGCCUUUGCGAUGACCAUACUUUACUACAAAGGACGUCCCAAAAAUCUACGAAAGUAUAUUUUGAAUGUAAUUUAAAUAUUCGCGAAUAGCAAUAUACGUACUGUCUAUCCGUUACACCAGCUGAUAUAAAAACGCAACCUCUCAAAAUAGUCUUAAUUUAGUAACGUGAAGCCUGAUGUAAUUUAAAUGCAACGUGUAAAAAAAAAAACUCGUGUGACACAUCUCAAUAUAUUGCUAUGAAUUUUGCUCUAUUGCACUUAUACUGUUAAUGUUGGGUAUCUAUUGAUGGUAUUACAGGACGAAAGUCAUAAUGACAUGCACAUUGAACCAAUAACCGGGAAAUCUAUUCUACUGUGAUUUGCUCAUUGAAAAACGCUUUACUCCAUCCAUGGUCUUAUCUUUGAUAACGACAUAUAUAUAACACUAAAGAUAAACGCUCAUAACCGGAACAUU